GUUUUAUGUUUUUGUUAGUCUCUUUGCCCUCUUCAUUGUUUCACGUAAUCAAGGACCAAGGGAUUUUCUUCUUUGGCUGCCAUGGCCACAAGAUGCUUUUGGUGUUGGACCACUUUGCUUUUCUGCUCUCAGCUGCUUACCGGCUGCGCCCGAGCUUCCUCUGCGGGCGCUGCCAAAGAGAAAGGACUCUCCCAAACUCCCACCUGGGCCGUUGCCCUCGUCUGUACCUUCUUCAUCCUUGUCUCCGUCCUCCUCGAGAAGGCUCUUCACAGAGUUGCCACGUGGUUGUGGGAGAAACAUAAGAACUCUCUGCUUGAAGCCUUGGAAAAAAUAAAGGCCGAGCUGAUGAUUCUAGGAUUCAUUUCAUUGUUGCUCACCUUCGGAGAGCAGUACAUUCUCAAGAUUUGUAUUCCUGAAAAGGCUGCAGCCUCUAUGUUACCUUGUCCAGCUCCUUCUACUCAUGACCAAGACAAGACCCACCGCAGACGUCUAGCUGCUGCUACUACCUCUUCCCGCUGCGAUGAGGGUCAUGAAGCACUCAUACCUGCCACGGACUCAAGAUCCGUGGCUGGAAAAAGUGGGAGCAGGAGACAUGUUCUCAUGAUUACGAGUUUUCAAUCGAUCCAUCAAGAUUCAGGCUCACUCAUGAGACAUCCUUCGUCAGACAACAUUCCAGUUUCUGGACAAAAAUCCCCUUCUUCUUUUAUGCUGGCUGCUUCCUACAGCAGUUUUUUCCGAUCUGUCGGGAGGACCGACUACUUAACUCUGCGCCAUGGCUUCAUUGCUGCCCAUUUAGCUCCGGGAAGAAAGUUCGACUUCCAGAAAUAUAUCAAAAGAUCAUUGGAAGACGAUUUCAAGGUGGUAGUUGGAAUAAGUCCUCUUCUGUGGGCAUCAUUUGUAAUUUUCCUACUUCUGAAUGUUAAUGGCUGGGAAACAUUGUUUUGGGCGUCAAUCCUGCCUGUACUUAUCAUUUUAGCUGUCAGUACGAAGCUUCAAGCUAUCCUAACAAGAAUGGCUCUGGGAAUCACAGAGAGACACGCAGUUGUUCAAGGAAUACCUCUUGUGCAUGGUUCAGAUAAGUACUUUUGGUUUAAUCGCCCUCAGUUGCUGCUUCAUCUUCUUCACUUCGCCUUAUUUCAGAAUGCUUUCCAGCUAACAUACUUCUUCUGGGUCUGGUAUUCCUUUGGGCUAAAAUCUUGUUUUCAUACGGAUUUCAAACUUGUCAUCGUAAAACUCUCUCUAGGCGUUGGAGCUUUGAUUUUGUGCAGCUACAUCACACUUCCUUUGUAUGCACUAGUUACCCAGAUGGGUUCACACAUGAAGAAAGCUGUGUUUGAUGAGCAAAUGGCAAAAGCGUUGAAGAAAUGGCACAUGACUGCAAAGAAGAAGAAAGGCAAAGCGAGAAAGCCACCAACAGAGACCCUUGGUGGUUCUGACAGUGUCAGCACCUCCACCUCAGCCUUUCACGCCUCUGGAGCCACUCUACUCCGCUCCAAGACCACCGGUCACUCGAUAGCCUCUUACAUGAGUAACUUCGAGGACCAAAGUAUGUCUGAUCUUGAGGCUGAGCCAUUAACUCCUGUGCCAAUAGAGGGGCACACUAUCGUCAGGGAUGGUGAUCAGCCCACAGAGAUGGAAUAUACUGGAGUUAUGAGUCCUGGAAACCAAUUCUCCUUUGUGAAGCCUGUUCCUGCUAAUGAUAUUGAUUAAUGUUCAAAAUGAAUGCAGAACAAAUCCAUCAUCCGGGUCUUUGUUUUCUAUAACCUGUAUGCCAAUAAUUGCUUUGCUAAGUG